AUGCAACCAGCCCUUAACAACUGGGUGACAAAGUUAUGGAAUGACUACAGAAAACAGGAACAGGUUCCAGCUGGUGCAACGGAGCAGGAACUCUAUCUCUUCAGGAGGAAGAGAGCAAGAUAUUUUGAAGGGCGAACCCUUGGCUACCAACUCUAUCACAACAAAGAGUUCAGAACUCCAGAGACCAUCCGGCGGCUGAGUAAGGAUCUGGAUUUAGCCAGGGAAACCGUGAACGCGUAUGUGACACAUUUUAGAUUUCUAUCAAUGUGUCUGGACAAGGCUCUUCGAGCGUUCCUCAAAGUAUUUUGGCCACAGGAUGAACCUGAGAUUCAGCAUCUACUUUUAAUUCACUUUGCUCAUCGGUACCUUAUAUGUACUGCACAACCUCUCGAAUUCCAGCCUGCAGUGUACGCCCUGACUGCGGCCACGAUCAUACUGAAUGCUGAUCUUAAUAGUGGUCACAAAGGGAGGAAAACGACUUGUGAAGAAUUUAUAGCGAAAAUGAAUAGGGUGAGUUCUGUCAUUCAGUACACUCUGAGUCACUUGAAGAUCAUCUAUAAAUCGAUCAAAGCAAAGCCACUUAAAGCAUUCAAAAUAAAAACUAGAUGCCUGGAAACAAAUAUUCUGGAAAACAACCUACCUGCCACUGUCUUUAAAAGAGGAAAUCUCAUUUGCAAAAGAGUUAUGGAUGGGAACGGGAUAAAAACCAAAAAGGGCCAGAGAGCGUGGAAGCCAUUUACUGCCAUUCUGAAAGGCAUGGUAUUGCAUUUAGAAAAAGACGGAUCUGACUCAUCCAAGGCCAACAGCGAGUCUGCCAUUAGACUGCAUCAUGCCUUGGCAUACCCUGUAGAUCACAGAAACAGGCACCAUGUGCUGGGCCUCGAGACUGCAGACUACAGACUCUUCCACUUUCAGGCAGAGAGUGAAGCUGAGCAGGAAUCAUGGAUUGCAGUCAUUAACCGCAUUGCUGCCUGUUACUCUGCUCGUGCACUUGUUUCUGCUUCACACAACAUGGAGAGCCGUCAUCUUCCGGUCCUACCACCGUAUCCCACCACUAUGUCUCUAGAGCAGCAGCUUGAGCACUACAAGGACCAGGUACAGACGCUUUCAGAACAAAUGGCUGACUGUUCCAAAUCCUUUCUUUGGGAUGGUAUUUUUGAUUAUAUGGAGCAGGAGAAGAAGCGCUACACAACAUAUGUGAGAGUGAUACAGGAGCUCAUUUCAGAAGACAACCCUGGAGAAGGCUCCAGCUCCUCAAAUUAACAUUAGUGUCUUCCAUAAAACAUCAAUGGAACAGCAA